AUGGAACUAGAGUAUAUGGGAAAGAAUAGCAUUGGGGAUGAAGCAUUUGUCUCUGAAGCCUUCUUGGUUGAUGUCCCCAGCAGCAAAGCUCUGGCAAAAGUUUCAUGUCGUUGGAGGCUUUCUGCAUCAACGACGGAUGUGGAUGCGCGACAAUAUUUUCAUUCUCUUGAUCUGCUGAUGGGAAUCGUUCUUAUCUCGCGUACUAAUGAGCCAUGCGAAGACAACAAAAACGGAGAUCUUAUUCCGUAUGCCACUGGCACCGCCCUCGAGAAUCUUGUCCACGCGUGUUGCACGAUUCGAGCAUCAGUCGAUCAAAUCGAAGUGGCAGCAAAGGUGAUACUUGUCUCUCGCAAUGGAUACAUGUGUAGGAGCGAUAUCCUCGAAUUGAGAAUGCGGGAUUCCGCAUUUGUCGGCUCAGUCAUUCGGUUCCCAACUUCCGACGCCCAUGGCGAAAGGAGUCUCCUUGCUCUAUUGUCUUCGGCUCCUGGAGCAUUGCUUGUGAAGCGGUCUCCAACGUCGUAUUACGAGGCACUAGAUCUGAUAGAGGGAGAGUUGAGAGUUCGGUUGUCUUUCGAUUGGGUGCUUCCGACUAAAGCAGCCGUACGCAAAGUAGCCGUGAUAGGAGGGCGCCCCAUGUUUGAUAGGCAGAAAGGAUCAUUCGGUCACCAAGGAACAUUCGAAGCGGCCCUAGCUCUGGGUAUAUCGGUGGUUGUGGUUGAUCGACCGGGACAUUGGCUCGAAGAAGAAACCUAUUCUUACCUAAGGGAUGACUUUAUUCCUGUUGAUGUGACCGACGAUGCGAAACUGCCGUCGAGGAUUGCUGAAGUACUGAAAGGGAGAAAGAUCCAUGGUAUCGUUACAUUUUCAGAUGAAUUCGUGAUCGCAACUGCGAAAGCAGCGGGACUAUUGGGUCUUCCAACCGAGCCCAUAUUAGCAAUCUUGAAUGCCCACAACAAGUACGAGACGCGCAAAUUAAUUAAAUCAAAUAUCCAAACACUGCGACUGGACAGGGUGGAGCAACUGUGCGACUCUUCCGGCCGCAAAGUUGUCAAACCGUGCCAGAAUGGCGGCUCCCGUGGCGUCAAGAGAGUUGACAACUAUUCGAGCAUGCCCCAGGCCAUACGACAACUAGAAGAAGCCGGGUUUUCAAAGUAUGGAAUUCUCCUCGAAACGUAUGUUGAUGGCCCAGAGGUAGAUGCCAACUUUGUUCUUUGGGAUGGGGAGAUUCUUUUCUUCGAAAUAUCAGAUGACUUCCCAUGCCAGGCAGAUGCAAUAGACGCGACAGUUUCGGAUAAUUUCGCUGAAACCGUCGUGUUACUACCAAGUCGACUGGACACCGAAGAAAUAGAGCUUAUCCGGUCGUCGCUGCACCAGAGCCUUCUCCAAUUGGGAUUCCGCUCUGGUGUUUUCCAUCUUGAAGCCCGGGUGCAGAACUCUUCCAUGCGCUAUAAAGAAACCAAUGGCGUCCUAGAUCUUGCUGACGCCGAUUCAACAACGGAAAGUAAGCCGGAUGUGUUUCUGAUCGAAGUCAAUGCUCGACCGCCCGGUCUGCAAUCUGUGUUUGCGACCACGUAUACGUAUGGUGUGGAUUACUGUGCGCUUCAAUUUCUUCGAGCGCUCGAGGACGGCGAGCGUUUUAAAGCUCUGUCAAAAUCUUUUUCAUGCCAAGCUCAGUACUGGUGUGAGCUUGUUAUGAUUCCUAUCCAUCGUGAAAAAAUCGUGGUACCGGAUGACUUUUGCGAGAAAGUGAUUGAACAACUUCCAGAAAUUGGUCCAUAUAUGUCUCGGGCAGAAUGUAUUGUAUCUGCAAAGGUUGUAUCGCCGGUAGGGGGCACCGGGUUUAUAGGUUAUUUCUUGUUAUACUCGAGGACCAGCAGAAGGCAUUUGUUGGAAAUGGGUGGUCGUAUUAAAGAGGUUUCUAAAAAGAUCUUGGAUGGCAUUUGA